AUGUUAUCUCUGAGCUGGGACGUGAGGCUGGUGGGCAGACCUGUGACUCCUAGGGUCCCCCUCUCACUGGUUACACUCUGGGUGCUCCUUUUGGUUCCAAGCCAGUGUUUUCAAGGCCAUCCCACAUGGCGUUAUACCUCAUCAGAGGUGGUUAUUCCUCAAAAGGAGAUCUUCCAUGGCAAAGGAUUUCAAGCACGAGGGCGGAUCUCUUAUAGCUUGCGUUUUAGGGGUAAGAGACAUGUCAUUCACCUGCGAAGAAAGACACUUAUUUGGCCCCGACACUUGUUGCUGACAACUCAGGAUGACCAAGGAGCUUUACAGAUGGAUUAUCCUUUUUUCCCUGAAGAUUGUUACUAUCUUGGCUUCCUGGAGGGGAUCCCUCAGUCGAUGGUCACUGUGGACACUUGUUAUGGGGGCUUGAAUGGUUUCAUGAAGUUGGAUGACCUUGCCUAUGAGAUCAAACCCCUCAAUGAUUCACACAGGUUUGAACACCUUAUUUCUCAGAUAGUAGCUGAUUCUGAUGCAAUAGGGCCUAUGUAUGAAUGGACACAGGUGCACCAUAGUACAGACCUUCCUUUCUCUGGAACACAUGCUGACGGGGCUCCCAGAAUGUCUAGUAGGGAUUAUGCUUCACAUUCAGCUGCUAUAAAAGGCCAUUUUCUAGCAACCCAUUCUACAUUUUCAAAAUCUGGAAGUCUUCAGAGGACUACCCAAUAUUUAUUUUCACUAGUCAGUUUAAUGGACACCUAUUUGAACAAUAUUCAUAUGCGGUACUAUGUUUUUCUCUUAACUGUGUUUAAUCAAAAGGAUCCAUUUAGUCACAACUUUAAAGUACCAGGAGGUGAUAUUCAUAGGUACUAUAAGACAACCUUUUAUAACAGAUUAAGGCCUGAUGCAGCAACAUUAAUUAACAGCCAAGGGCCCCCUGAUGCAUCCUCUUUUCCAGUUAUAGGUAGUAUAUGCAGUGAAAAUGCCCUAACUUGUAUUGGUCAAAAUGACAGACCUACCAUAAUAUUGUCUGUUAUAGUAGCCAAUCGCAUUGGAAGUAGUUUAGGUUUGCCUUAUGAUAAUGAGGCUACCUGCAUUUGCCAGAGAAGGGCCACCUGCAUCAUGUUCAGAAACCCUCAAUUAACAGAUGCUUUCAGCAAUUGUUCACUCGUGAAGCUAAACCACAUCCUUAAUACCCCCGGCAUGAUGCCGUGUCUUUACUAUGACUAUCACACUUACUAUAAUACGUCGUACACCUAUAAGAUAUGUGGAAACUUCAUAGUGGAUGGGGAUGAGCAAUGUGAUUGUGGCUCACACAAGGCAUGCUAUGCAGACCUUUGCUGUAACAGUAACUGCAAGCUCACAAAGAAUAGCAUUUGUGAUAGAGAAUUAUGCUGUGCAAACUGCACCUACAGUCCCCCUGGGACCCUUUGCAGAACUAUCGAAAACAUAUGUGACCUUCCAGAGUACUGCAAUGGGAGAACAGUCUCUUGCCCAGCUAACACGUAUCUGCAAGAUGGAACACCGUGCUCAGAAGAGGGGUACUGCUAUAAAGGAAACUGCACCGAUCGCAGUGUACAUUGCAAAGAAAUCUUCGGUGCAAGUGCUGAAAGGGCUAAUACAAUGUGCUAUAACAUUAAUAAGCAAAGUUUUCGAUUUGGGCAUUGUUUUCGGCCACAAGAAAGCCUCACAUUCAGUCCUUGCACGGAUGAACAUAAGUUGUGUGGAAGGUUGCAGUGUACCAAUGUCACCAGUCUUCCACAGCUGCAGGACCAUGUUUCGUUCCAUCAGUCAGUUAUCUCUGGGUUUACCUGUUUCGGGCUUGAUGAACAUCGCUCAACAGGAACAACAGAUGCUGGAAAGGUGAGACAUGGUACUCCGUGUUCCCAAACUAAGUUCUGCGAUCGAGGGUCUUGCAAUGGGACUUUAUCUGAUCUGGAUUAUGACUGUUCUCCAGAGAAGUGCAAUUUUAGAGGAAUAUGCAAUAAUAAUCGGAAUUGCCAUUGUCAUGUAGGUUGGGAACCUCCAGACUGUGUAGGAGAUGGUCCUGGUGGGAGUAUAGACAGCGGACCACUUCCACUUAAAAUGCACACAAUACAGCAGAGCCAAGAACCAGUGGUAUAUUUAAGACUGAUCGUUGGUCGUAUUUAUGCCUUCAUAUGCAUACUGCUCUUUGGAGUGGCUGUUCGCGUAGGAGUUACUAAGAUUAUCAAGUAUGAAGACCUGAUAGCUGCCUUGCAACGUGGAAAGGGACACGCGGCCGCUGCGCCAAAGUAA